GCAGAUGACAUAUGACAUAGACCCUUGAAAAUAAAUAAAUCCCACUGCCCCUCUUCCAUCUUCAUCUUCUAUCCACUCUCUCCCAGACUCCCUCCCUCCCAAUUCCACACUUUCCCACACCAUGAAUUCAUUUACUACUCCACACUUGUCCUAAUUCAAAACCCCAAAUUCAAAAUCCCAACAAAGUUCAAAUCACUCUGAAAAUUUCUGAAAUUUGCUGUAAAGCUCCGAGCUUUGAGAAUGGUUUCUCUACAAGAUUCCCAUUCCGGCUCCAGCCACCACUUCCCGCCUCACACACGCAACUUCUACUCUCCUUCCUCCACCAAAAUCCACCGUCAAACCGGCCGCUCCAUGCGCACCAUCCGCUCCAACAUCUACCAAGACGACCACUCCCGCACCUCCUUCGCCGCCGAAAGAUCGCCUUUUGUCUCCGAGAACCUGACUGAUUCGGUCGUCGACAUGCGCCUCGGCGAGCUCGCCCUCCGCACGCACAGCUCCGCCAGCAAGUCUGCGUCUUCCGACGAGGAGUACCUCCAGCUCUCCCAAGCCUUCAGUGAUUUCUCCGCCUGCAGCAGCGACAUAUCGGGAGAAUUGCAACGGCUCGCAAGCUUGCCGUCGCCGGAAAACGCGCCGACCUCCGAAUUAUCCGAGGCUGCGCCGGAACCGGAGCCAUGCCAGGGGUUUUUGCAGAGGGAGAACUUCUCGACUGAGAUCAUCGAGAGCAUUUCGCCGGAGGAUCUUCAGCCGACGGUCAAGAUCUGCGUCGACGGCCUCCAAUCGACGUCGCUUGCCGUGAAGCAAUCUGCAGCGGCCAAGCUUAGGCUUUUAGCGAAGAAUCGGGCUGAUAAUCGCGCCUUGAUCGGCGAGUCCGGCGCCGUUCCCGCUCUAAUUCCUCUACUGCGGUGCAGUGAUCCAUGGACGCAGGAGCACGCCGUUACGGCGCUGUUAAACCUCUCGCUGCACGAAUCUAACAAGGCCAUAAUCACCAAUGCCGGAGCUAUAAAGUCGUUAGUGUACGUCCUCAAGACGGGGACGGAAACCUCGAAGCAAAACGCCGCCUGUGCGCUGCUGAGCUUGGCGCUAAUUGAAGAGAACAAGAGCUCAAUCGGAGCCUGCGGUGCAAUUCCCCCGCUGGUUUCGCUGUUAAUAAGUGAAUCCAUGAGGGGCAAAAAGGACGCUUUGACGACUCUGUACAAGCUCUGCUCGAUAAAGCCCAACAAAGAGAGGGCGGUGAGCGCGGGAGCUGUGAAGCCGCUGGUGGCACUGGUGGCGGAGCAGGGAACGGGCUUGGCGGAGAAGGCGAUGGUUGUGCUGAGUAGCUUGGCGGGAGUCGAGGAGGGGAAGGAGGCUAUUGUGGAGGAAGGCGGGCUGGCGGCGCUUGUGGAGGCGGUUGAAGAUGGGUCGGUGAAAGGAAAGGAGUUUGCGGUGUUGACACUGUUGCAGCUGUGCAGUGAGGGUGUGAAGAACAGAGGAUUGCUUGUGAGGGAAGGAGGGAUUCCGCCAUUGGUUGCGCUUUCGCAGACUGGGACUGUUAAAGCUAAGCACAAGGCUGAAACGCUUCUUGGGUACUUGAGAGAACCGAGACAAGAAGCGUCCUCUUCGGCUCUUUAGAGAAGCGAAGGGAGGUACUUUCACUACUUAGAGAGGGAACUAUACUAUGUGUCUGUGUAUGUAGUUUGAGUAGUGUUUGAUUGCACUUGUAUAUAGGAAGUGUUGGUGUUUCAUGGUUUGUAACUUUGUACAGUGUGGUUGAGAAGCUAGGAAGAAGAAUAUGAUAUGAUUGUAAGAAGGGAGAGAGAUUAUAGGAAGCUAGUGAGCAAGACACUACGGACUUCUUAGCAGUUAAGAUGUAUGAAUUCAACUAGGGUUUUUUGGAUGGGUAUUUUCUUUCUUUCUUGCCCUCUUUUUCUGUCAUUGACUUGGUUUUUUGUAGGAGUGGAAUACUAUUACUUGUUUGCCU